AUGGCGCUAUCAACGAGGGUUGAUAACAGAAAUAAAUUACCAGAUAUACAUGGGAGGAGUAGACGUACACAACCGGCUACGUUUGCAGAGAUACUCUCUUCAAAUGACUCGGCGUUCAAGAAAUGCUACAAGUCCUUGUUUCUGGGGCUGAUCGACUUCGAUAUCAUCUACGCCUUCAUCUUGUACAACUGUCGUCGUGCUGCGGACGGAAAACCCAAGAUGACGCACAUGCAGUUUUGA